AUGGCACGGCACCCCAACACGGCGAUUGUGCUGCAACCCACCAAUAGUGCCAUUAUCACUUUGGACUUAUGUCUGCAACUCGGCGGCCCAUCAGCACCGUUAUGGCGGAAGAGCGUAGCAAGAGACGAGAAUGAGGCAGCUGACAGAGCAAUUGAGCGACUUAGGAUUCUCAUCGCGCAGUCCGCGGGGGACAAAAAGAGCAAAAAGACGUCACGCGAGGAGAUUUUGAAGAAUUGUCAGCCAAUUGAAGUUCUUGGCGUGUCAAGCGAGGGGGAGCAGAUCUUAAAUGAAGAAAAUGGCCUAACCAAGCUUGACACUUCUGUUUCCAAUAAGGAAUUCUGGAGGAACGUCAGACAAAUGUUGAUUGGGUCAACUGUUGUGCCGGUUAAAUACAACGUUCCCACCAUUACUGCGGUAGUGCCACCCUCAGCGCUGUACGUGGGAGCCCCAGCAGUUUGCGCGGGCAUCACAGCCCUCUUUACCACAGAGGUAGAUGUUCAGUAUGAAUGGUGCGCACGCGCCGCUCCCAAGAGUCCUGCGGGCACGGGCGCUUCUUCUGAUGCCACUGUGCGCGUAAUCAGUACUAAACCCGUUUUUACUCCUACAACACGGGAGUUGGGUGAGUCGCUGUUUCUUCGCGUCCUACCGGAGCCGGGUUCAGAUUUGUGCACACAAGUGGAGCUCCCUCAGGUUCGUGCCGAAGUGCCUCCAAUGGAUCGCUGGACUCAAACAAAGCAAUCUGUGGAAGCACCGAGCUUUAGGAUGGUUACGUACAACGUCUUGCACGAGGAGUUCUGUAGCACGAGUUCGGCAAAGAAAACCAUUUAUCCCUUCGCAACAGAUGACAUUCUGUCGCUAGAGUACCGACAGAGCCGUAUCGUGCAGGAACUUCUUGCAUACAAUGGUGAUAUUAUCUGUUUGCAGGAAUGCGGGAAAAAAGUGUACCAGCAAUUUUUUUCCCGUGUUAUGACUCAGUACGGCUAUGAGGGAUGCUAUACAAACAAGAAUGGUGGUGUAAGGGAGGGAUGUGCAUGUUUUUGGAGGCGCAGUAGAUUCUUCCUGCAGGAAAAGGAUGAAUUUCCGCUCAACUGGUCAACGAUGGAGAAGGAACAUCCAGCUCUGGCAGCUGAGGUGACCCGUCAUCCCGAGUUGAAGGAGGCGUUGGAGAAUGUUACUUCGAUUGGCGCCUUGGUAUUACUGAAAGAUAACGCGACAAACGAAGAGUUGGUGGUUGGGAACACGCAUUUGUUCUAUCAUGCAAACGCCUGCCAUAUUCGGCUUCUACAGGUAUACAUGCUUCUUCACAAACUGAAGAGCCGCAGUGAUUCGCGCAGGGGUGUUGUCUUAUGUGGGGACUUCAACUUUACCCACACAACGGGUGGCUACAAAUUAGUGACUACGGGACGUACGGAGGCGUCACAUCACUCGUGGGCGAAAGGGGAAGUGUUCCACUGGGGUUGUGACCGCAUGUUAGGCAUCAACGCCGCUGAGGGAGCGGGGGGGUCUGCGGAAGUUGAAACGGGUUUGGACGUGAGAAGGGGAAAGGGAGAAUCUGCCACAUGUGCUUCGAAAAACAAUAAGAAUGACACAAAUAACAAUAAUGAGAGUAAUGGCAAUAGUGUAGAUGCGAGCACAUCAUGUGCCGCAACAUCAGCUGAUACUGGCGUUGCGUCAAGCGUAAAGGCUGAUUACCGACCUCCAUUUGAUGUUUUCCGUGCGGACAUGGAGGCACCAAUGCAGUUCACAGAUGCGUAUGGUGUAACGGAUCCGGAAAUGCCAUGGACUAAUUAUACAAUGACAUUCCGUGAGGUUAUUGACUACGUUUUCUUCAACCCAGACCGCCUGCUUGUCGUUCAGACAAUUCCCAUUCCACCAGAGAGUGAGCUGUCAGAAAAUGUGGCUCUCCCGAACCGGAAGUACCCAUCAGACCACGUUGCAUUGAUUGCCGAUUUGUCGUACAAAUAG